CCUUGCGGUGAGACGUGGAGCGCCAUUUUUCAAACGCUGCAGAAUGAUUCAUUUCUUUGUAUUUACAUAGCCGCAGGUGCGAGUCUUUACAACGCGUUAGCCGUUUUCCAAGAUGUGAAACUGAUUUAAAAUCUUCCAAGCGAACCAUAUUCUACUGCUUUUUCAUCUUCAUUUGUCAGUCAAGUGGUAGCGUAGGCAAGAUUGUUGGAUAAAGAAAUAUCAGAACUUUGUUUAUAAGCUGAGUGACCAACGCGGUUAAUCACGGAUUACGUCACUAGAGAUUGGUACCUGUGACUGAUAAAGGGAUUAAACCAUCUUUUUUGAUAGACUAACAAGAAAACAUAUUAAAACAUGGGAACACCAGAAGAGAAGGACAUCGACACUACCAUUACAUCAGAUAAGCUGAAAUUUCAUCUUGAUGGAUGUGAUGCAUAUACAUGUGUCAUAUCCUCUCAGAAUCCUUCGGUCCAUGUUUACUAUGCCCUACGAGCUCAGAUUGAACGCAGUAGCAUGUCAUGGCUCCAGGAGUUUGUUUCUUUAGGUGGCCUUGAUGGUUUGCUUGAUGCUUUGUGUCAGAUGACAGGGACAGCUUUCACAAGUUUCAGUGAUGCAAUACUGCAGAUUGACUGUAUAUCUUGCAUUCGUGCCAUUCUCAAUACAUCUGUUGGCAUAAACCAUUUGUUGCACUCCACGGAUUCUGCCAACAAACUGAUAACUGGUCUUCGUAUUGGUAAUACACUGCCAAAGAAACAAAUUUUAGAAAUGGUUGCUGCCUUAUGUGCCCACAGUUUAUUAGGCUAUAAGUGUGUGAUGGCAGGUCUAGACCACGUGAAGAAGGAUACUAACCAGUAUCACAAGUUUAGCAUUGUGGUCAAUGAACUGAAGUCUGCUGAAACGGUUCCACACAAAACUGCAGUCAUGACUUUCCUUAACACUCUUAUCACUUGUAAUCCUGAUCUUAGUCAAAGAUGCCAGAUUCGAAAUGAGAUGAUUGGUCUAACACUUCUGGAUAUCAUUAACUUCCUUCAGCGAGAGGAAACUGAUGAUGACCUACAGAUUCAGUUACAGGUAUUUCAUGAUCGAAAGCAUCUUGAUGAAGAAGCACUAAGUAAGUCAGAGCCAGACCUCUCAAGUCCAGCAGAGCUUGUAGAUCUGCUACAGAGUAAAACAUUUGGCACCAGCCGAAUGGCAUCUUUGGUCAACGUCCUGCAGGACCUUCUGGUCAUAGAAACGCUAGACAAGGAGGAGAGGGAGCAUUUGUGGAAUGAAGUGGAACAACAGGUUCAUCACCUGGUGCAUGCUUGUCACAAGAAAGUGAACAAACUGUCAUCUCUCUCAUCCAAGAAUGUUCAUGAUUUACUCAGUGAAGAGGCCCAGCUUGCUCAGCAUCUAGUUAAUCAAGUAUCAGGGGAUCUGGCCACAGAACCUGUUCCCACACAGAAAGAUCAGAGCUUGUAUGACAACCUGGAUGACAUAGCAAAGCAGACUUUGGGGCAAAAGUUGAAGGCAUCUGAGCCUGACUUGCUUGGAGACCUAAAUAAUUUAAAUGCUUUGUCCCCUCCUCCAACCACAGAGUCUGAUAUUGAGAAAGUGGUACUGGACAGAGCCUCAUUGCCAGCUUUGAAUCUGCAGCCUUUCUGGGCAGUUUUUCAAAGCACUCAAGCUCGGAUGGAAAGACCAAGCAUUAAUGUGUGCAUAAGGAAGAAUUCUUGGGAAGGAAAGUCAUACCAGCAUGGAUCAAAGAUUGAGAAGUUUGAUACAAGUUUUCAGCCAUUUCCAUCUUGUCCAAUGCGCAACCUUAAGUGGAUUGUGGUCCAAAAGGAAGUAUUAGAAUCCCUCAGUGGCUCCAUCUGGGAACCAAGGGACGUCUUUUUCAGACUUGAACCAGACUACAAUAAUCUUGAGCAGCUCUUUGCAGAGACACGUCUUCUAAGCGCUAAUGAAGAGGUUCCACUUCUCGAUGGAGAGACACGGCUCAGAAUUAACCUUUUCCUAAACCGACUUGAGGUUGAACCUGACCAACUGGUUCGUAAUUUGAUAGACAAAGAAGCACCUGGAUUGACUCUUCCACUUCUGAAAUAUCUUAAUGACAUUCUUCCUUGUCAUGAUGAGGUGUCAAUGCUUAAACAAUACAAUGGCAGCCUUCUGGACAUUGGGAUGGCCGAACAAUUUCUGCUGCACUUGGCUGACAUUCCAGACUACCACACCCUGCUUCUUGGUCACCAAGUCCGCGUAGAGUUUUCAGCAAACAUGGCACAAGUGAAAGCUCUCAGAACCAUGGCAUUGGCCUGCAGCUUUAUUCUGGACAGUGCAGACUUGAGAGAUUUGCUGCAGUUGGUUCUUAAACUCGGAAACUUUCUAAAUCAAGGUCAGUUUAAUGGCAAUGCCAGCGGACUGCAUCUAUCCAGCUUGAAACGACUGGAAGCUGUUAAAUCAACAAAACCCAAUCAUUCCUUGCUCCAUGAGAUUGCUGCAGUAGCAGAAGAUAAUGAUGAACGAAUCCUAAGAGUUUUCUCUGAGAUCUCAAGACUGGAUGAAGCAGCAAGGUGUUCACUAGAAGAGAUUCGAAAAGAUGUAGCAGCUAUAAACACACAACUCAAACAGUUUACAUCACAGCUGGUGUCUGCUGAUCCUACCAUUGCUGAGAUCUUCCAAACCUUUCUCGAGAAUGUAAAAAUAGACUUCCAUGAGGUGCAGCAGCUUACAGCAGAACUGCGGGAACUUUGUAAUCGUGUUGUGGAGUAUUUGGGUGAAUCCGCCACUAGCUUCAAUCUUCAGACCUGCUUUCAGCAGAUUCUCAGCUUUCUGAAGGACUUACGCCGUGCCUCUCAUGAGAAUACAUUGUUCAAACGGCAGAGGGUACAGGCUCGUCGUCGUAGUGAUCAGUUCAAGGCUAAAUUGAAGACCAAGCGUCUGGCCUUGGAAUUUGGUAAAGAAGCUCGAGCAAGUUCUUCCAUGCUGGAGGAGAGGAAGAGGAUACUUGAACAUAUCCUUACAGAGCUCCAUCUUGGCAACUUCCACCCCAUCAUCAGAUCUGAACUACCAACACCUGAGCAAGAAGAGACAGGGGUGGAUGAAGCCUACCUGGCUACAGGAAAUAAAGAAUAUAAUACUCGCUCCACACAGGAAGUAAAUGCAAGAGAAAAUGGAUCUAAUCAGAAAGCUAAGGGAGAAGUGUCAAUGGAGAGGCACAAUCGGCCACUGGAAUUAAGUCACAUAAGUAUUAUAGGUUCUCCCAUGAUCAAUCGUCCAAAUAGUGAAGUUUUUGAUGAUGAUCUAUUUCCUUUGACUGUUAAAGAGACUGUUACAGAAAAGAUUAUCACCAGUUCUGCAAGUGACUUGCUCGAUGGUCAACUGCUGUGUCAUGCUUCCAAGCUGCAGCAUCAACGAAUUGGCCAGCUUCAGAGAUCUCGAGGCCGGCUGAGCACACCCACAAAAAGGGUGAGCCAGCAGACCCAACAUCACCGUAGCCGCAGUGAUCUGACAGAUUCAAUUUGCCAUUCCAACAAUAAAUGGCUGAAAUAUGCAGAGAUGAGGCUUUUGGAAAAUCAGGCACAGGCUGGACAAGGUGCCCCUCUAGCUGUUCCAGAGAGCAGCUUGACAUUGGCAACGCUGAAUCUUGAGGAUGCCUGGCUGCAGCAGAGGAAGACCGAGCAUGUCAUGCCAUUGUAUGCUGGCCCUGUCGUCUAUGUCCCCCAGAGCACUGCUAACAGUGGUAAGGAACGAAAAGGGGACAGAAAAUCUUCGAUUGGCACUUUCUUUAGCAAGAUCUCCAGAGCAGUCCUCAGGCCCCGAAACUCAGCAAUGAAUGUUGAACACAAGAUUAUCAGCAAGCCUCCACUAGUUCAAGAGACAAAAAGGGGAAGAGGCAGCUCGCAGUCAGAAGAUGAAAACAAGGAGAAUGUUGGCUCAGUCAAUGUGGAGAAUAGAAAGCCAAUGCUGAAGCGUACUUCUAAAUUGCGCACUAACAAAAUGGUGGCAUAAGUGUUCCCUGCCUAAAUCGAAGCGUCACAUAGAAAUUAAAAUGUGACAUAUGCAACUGCCAAUCCAUUGUUUUUGUCAAAAUUAAUGUUGGCAGUAGUUGUAUUCACCAGUUACCAGCUGUGCCAUGUGAAGCCUUGAAGUCAAAGUGUAGCAGUGUGUGUGCAUCUAUCUGCAUGCAUACGCAUAUGUGAGAGACUAUUUGAUCACUGGAUACCUUCAAAAUGUUUCAACAUUUGCAGCAGAAAUCUGUUUGGUGAGGGCUUCUCAUUUUGUGAGGUUAAUCUCAUGUUGUUAUUGAUCCAGAAAAUUGCUAUAUUUUCUGAAGCUAUUGUUUGGUUUCUUUUAUGCUGUGUAUUCUUGACAUUUUACAUUUGAAACAUUCCUAUAUUUGUUUCUUAAAACUAGAGCCUUCUGUAAAUUGGUUGUUUCAUGCUAUCCAUCUUCUGGGUUCUAAAAUUAUUUUAAGAAAAAGAAAUGUGUAAAAAAAUGUAUUAAAAAUAUGCAUAAAGGUACUAAAAGCUUGCAGUUACUUUUAACUUGAUGCUGUGGGACUGUACCUAACUUGAAAAUACUGAUUUAAUGAGUUCAUAUAUUUUGUAUAUAUAGAAAGAGAGAUAACCAUCUUUGUUUGCCAACAAUUUUUUUUUUUACUUUCUGAUUGAUGUCAUUGUAGACAAUUAUGAAAAGAUGUCUUGUAAGAAAAUAUUUUCCCCCCAGUGUUCAGGUUACAUAUUUAAGUGUUUGGCAUUGCAUACCAGUGCGUAUGUUUGCGGUGUCUAUUUUGGGAUUACAGUAAAUCCUCACUUAACAUUUUGAUAAGUUCUUGGAAACAACAUAUAAUAAAGUCUAUUGUACUAUACUAAUUAAUAUACAUGUAAAAAACAUUUAAUUCCUACAGUUUAUUCCUGGUCACAAAAAUAUCACAGCAUUUCUAAAUAAAGACCCAAAACAUUUGAGAGAAGAUCCACCCAGACCUGGCCGAAACAUUUUUUUUUUUUUUUAAAUUUUUUUGUCAAUGUUACAACAAAAUAAUGUUAAGUAAGGAUUAAUUGUAUAGGGCAGAACAGGGAAUUGUGUGAUAAAAAUUUGUGUAUGGUGUAUUGGAUAUUCCCACAAAUGUCCUUAAUAAUUCAAAUGUUAUGUUUUUCUGGGUUUUCUUUUUAAUGUGUGGUAUUUUUACUUGUCCCUUGUGAACUAGUCGAUGGUGUGCUGCAACAUUUAUUUGCAUUGAUUCUUUGCAAAGCUAUGUUUUGCAAGUUUUGUGAUUGUAAACAAUAUGAGCUAUAUAUUUUGUUUCUCAUCAUAAAUUUUUUGUGUGCACCAUGCAGCCAUAAAGAGUAAAGCUAGUCAGGGAUCUGUUACUCUAGGUGGGCAGAAGCCUGCUGUAUGACCAGCAGUGUCAAGAGCUCUACCUAAGUGAUCACAAGUCUGUUGGUGUAACCUGAUUUUUACUUAUCUGGACAGUUCAUCACUACAGCUCCAGUAGAAUUCCAGAUGAUUGGUUUCUCAUGCCUGCAGAGCUGUUGAGGAAACUUUCUUUUUCUGCUAGAUAGCAUUUCAAAAUAUAAAUGUGUUACAGCUUAAAUUUUAAAUUCCUAAAAUUUUGACUGGUAUUUUUUUAAUGGCAGAUAAAAUGACAUGUUUUUGGUGAGAGGAGUUGGUGGAAGUGAACGAGAAUUCUAGAUUUCAUGGUAAAUGUUUAUAUUUAUGAGACUGGUGGUCAGAGGAUACAAUUUGUAUAUGCUAUGAGAUUCUAUUCUGUCAUUCCAGAUUAGACGAAAGAUAAAUGAAUGUUUACUUUUUCUGGCAAUAAGAAAUAGCUGUUUUAAAUUGAUUGUAACAAACUUUUCUUGGAUAUAUUCACUCAGAAUGUCUGGUUGAUUUGUUUUGUUGGACUUAUGGCUGUUUUGUUGAAGUGCAUAAAGUAGAAAGUGUCGUUGAAGACAAUCUGGUACAAGUGAACGUGACAUGUGGUUACAGAUUUUACCUUUCCAUUAUUGUCAGUUCUGUCGGUUUUUUUUUUUUUAAUGACUGCUGUGUAAUGAUCUCCGAGGAUUUUUCUUUUUGGUCCUUACGAACCAGUUUUGACACCACAUGACUAUGCAUUUUGUUUUCAUGGCUGUUAACAACUGAGACAAAACUUUCAUCAGAUUCAUUGUUAGUCUAAUUCAUAUUUUCACUUACUUAAACUUCUCGUCCGCUUCUCAAUCAUGCAAACAACUUAGUAAUUAGUAAUUCUAUGGGUUUUUUAAUGUCUUUGUGUAAUAUUAGUUUUGGAAAGAUUUUAUUCCAAUCUUUAUGGUAGUACUUUAAGUUGGGGUUGUUUGUUUUUUUUUAGCAUAUUGCUUUACCUUAGGAAAAUCUCACUUUCCGAGAUAUUCUGCUUUUUUUUUUCCACUAAAGAUACUAGUACAACUUUGAGAUGACACUGGAAUUAUAAAAGCUGUGGUCUUCAAUGCCAGUAUGAUCAAAAGGAUGGUUUGGACAGACAUUUAGCCUGGUCAGCUGGCUUGGUCUGCUGGUUUAUAUUGCAUGCUUGUUUAUUGCAUUUUGGGAAGGGUUUUUUUUUUUUUUUUUUUUUUUUUUUUUUUUUUGUGGGGAAAGGGGGAGAUAAAAUUCAAUCCAGUCUUUAUGUAUUGAUGAAGAGCACGAUAUAAAGAAGGGAAGUCACCUUUGUAGUUAGAAAAGUAAACUUCCUUAGUGUUAAUGUUGUUAGUCUUUGGUAGCAGUUUUUUGCCUUCCCUCUGUGAGUUUUUGUCCUUUUUCUUUACAACCUGAAGUUAAUUGUAUUUUUUAAGUGGACGCUUUGUUCUAUGGAGUGCAGUUUUUCAAGCUGUAGGGUAGUAUUAUUUAGUAGAGUGUUUGAUGUUAGACUAGUUACAGGUGCUGGCUGUGGUAGUCUUGUAUAUCAAGAGAAUUGAGAUCCUUUUUUCAUUUGGUUUUUUUUUUUUUCUCUUGUGCACCAGUCAUUUUGAGGCGUUUUUCCCACUAAGCCAAAGGACUGGGUAAACCAAAUUCAAAUUGCUCUGUAGUUGCAACUUAUUUUGAAAGUCUUUCAAGAGGCACGCAUAUUUUUUUCCCCGUCUUGUUUUGGGGACCUGCUUUAUUGUGACAUUGCAACCUUUUGGCUAAUAAAGCUUUUUGCUAGCUUGCA